CGCUAACGCUAAGCCGAGAUUCUAUAGAAGAAGAAAAAGCAACAACUCGUCACACCGGCGUUUUAUUGAGCUUAGCCGCAGAAGGUCGUCGGCGGUUGGACGGUGUUUUAUAUUACUGUAAACCAAAACUAGCUGUAAUAAACUACCCGUGCCGUGUGUCCGGAAUCCUGGCAGUAAAGUGAUGUGAGUACCGCUCAGUACGUUACAGAACGCGGCGGUACGUCGCGCUCGUUCGGCUCGUUAUGAAACCCUGCUAGCUGCCGUUAGCCAGAGUUAGCAGCCGCCGUAAGCAGCGCCGGCGACGCUGGCAGCUCCAAAAGCGACGGGAGACGCCGCGGCGGUGGAGACACGCGACUAGUCCUCGGUCGAAUCAUUGUUCUUGUUCGCUCUACGUGUCAACUCAUCCGCCCCGAGCGAAGCGGAACCCCGUUCGCCCCCCCCCCGGUCUUCGAGCAGACCCCCGGCUCACUUUCUCCGACGCAGGACCUCCCUCGCCCGCAGCGAGCGGCUGUUUUCAUGGCCCGACGGUUACCGAUGGGUGUGCGGACGUUCAGUGACUUUCUGCAGAUCGCCACUGUCGGCUCGCCUCGCUCUUGUCGCACAGCGGUGCAAAGAGGCUGCCAUCGACAGAACAUCAGACAUCUGUCAUCAUGUGGCAUUUUGAUGACCAGAACUCCCAGAGUGCUUUGCCUCCAAGACUUGGACAGGAUGUCAGCGGUUCCCCAAAGUAGGAACUUCCUUAGCCUCACCAACAAGAGGCAGGAGUACUCCGAGCGUAGGAUACUGGGGUAUUCCAUGCAAGAAAUGUACGAUGUGGUGUCCAAUGUUGAUGAGUACAAGAACUUUGUGCCCUGGUGUAAGAAGUCCCAAACUAUCAUGAAAAGAGCAGGUCACUCCAAAGCCCAGCUUGAAGUAGGUUUCCCUCCAGUGAUGGAAAGAUACACAUCGAUGAUCACCUGUGUCCGGCCUCAUCUAGUCAAAGCUGUAUGUACAGAUGGAAAGCUGUUCAAUCAUCUGGAGACAAUUUGGCGUUUUAGUCCUGGCAUUCCCGGUUACCCUCGCACCUGCACAGUAGACUUUUCUAUAUCCUUUGAGUUCAGAUCUCUGCUGCACUCCCAAUUAGCCACGAUGUUCUUCGAUGAGGUCGUAAAGCAGAAUGUCGCUGCGUUCGAGCGGCGAGCCUCUAAGCUGUACGGCCCAGAGACUCGCAUCCCACGGGAGCUGAUGUUUCACGAAGUGCAUCAGACGUGAUCUAGGCAACUGAGCGUCGUCAUCUGGCCUUAAACCACACCAACCUUUACUCCCUUUAUCCACACAAACCUGCAUGAUGAUGCUUAAGCGCCCUCCACGUCACGUCUUCAAGGCCAGUCCUUCCUGAAGAUGUUAGCCCUCCAACAUGUGUAAGCUUUAUGUUUGAAUAUUUCUUGUCCUUUUUAUUCCAUCGUCCGCAAAUUCUUGCUCUUCUCCCUCCAGCUUGUGUUGAGUCUGUUCACUUUCUGUCUACCUCUUGUUAAGGGAUCCUUGCUAUGCAAAAGGAACCCACCAUUUUUCUCGCUCCAUGACAGUUACAAGUUGUGUCAUGUAAACAGAACAGUAAAUCACUUCAACAUCAUGUGACCAAUGGUAGAGAGAGUCGCCUGUUAUUUAAUGAACACCACAGUGACACGGAACAACACGAUUUCUUUUCUCAUUACAAAGGAACAGAGCUUUCCUCAUACAGUUCAAUGUGACCUUAGGGUUACUUGCUACACUGACGUGUUAUCAGUGAGUCCAGUUUUUAGUUUACUUUCAGUACUUUAGUCAGCUGAUAAUGGAGAAAUGUAUUCUUAGCCUUUUCCAAUUUAGUUUCUUUUCAGAUGGAAUUUUAAUAUAUUGUAGUGAACUUAGUGCAAAGUGAUGAUUAAUUUCAUCUUUAUAUUUAUUCACUAGUGGUUAAAUUCAAAUUAUUAACCUUUUAUUGGGAUUCAAAUAAAGUGCCAUGUUUGGUUGUCAUUUAACCACAACCCUGAGGUGCAAAUGGAAGUUCCUUAGAGAGGAGUGUUGACUUGGAACUGGAAAGUUUGAUUUGGCUUGGCUGUUUUUAUGCUGUGAGGAGUGUGUUUUUAGACACAGUUACUUGGCUGACCAUUUCUGAUAAUGCCUUAUUUUACAGCCCAACCCUAUUAGGUGAUUGGUAGAAGUGGGGGCAGUCUUCCUCCGCACAAACAAGCACCUUAAUGAAACCUGGACCGGACAGGUAGUCCUGUAAAAUGCUAAAAGUGGGAUUAUCUGGAAAAACUUGAGGGAUCAAAGGACCUUCUGUACUUGAUAAAUGGCUAGUUUAACUUCACAGACCUGGGUUAGAGGCAAUGACAUACAUUUCUAAAGGCAUAUGAAAACAUCAACAUGCUGCUUUAUAUUGUACACAUUGUAGUUAAUAUCUAAAAUAACUGGUUGCUAAAUAGAUCUUCUUUGCAGCCAAAUCGUCCCAAUAAAGUGUAGUUCUAGUUAUGAAAUUGAAUUUUUAGGUUAAAUCAACCAAUGUCUAACAAAAGGAUCAGGAGCACUUUAUUCAUUAGAUCUUUAUUAUAAAACUGUAGAGUGGGCUGUAGAAUAAAACAUUAUUCUUCACUUACUGUAUAACUGUGUAUGGAUCUCAUGCUUAUUUGGCAUUUUAGUUUUUCUGUAUCUAAAUAAUAUUGCACAGAUGUACAGUAACUAACAAGGCAAAUAUAGACAUGCUUGUAGUGUUUACAUGUUAAAGUGUGACUGCGUUUUAAUUUUUCCAGUAUGUAGCCCGUGUCUUUAUUUCAGGAUAAAGGGCUGACAAAGUUUGAUUGUAUCUGACAUGUUUCAGAGAUUACAGAUUCGUGCAGGUUGCCUCAAGUCAGAUGAAAGUCAUGAAGUGUCACCUCCCUCACAAUCGGCAGUUAAUGUCGACUCUGUUUCCCAAAAAUAAUAAACAAAAGUUUCAGUUCUGGAUUAUGGUUUGUUAUAAAGUGUAGUUUUUACUGUUUAUGGUAAUUUUGGAAAUGAAGGGAUAUUUAAUCAGAAACGCAUGAAAAUGUUAAAAUGUAUCUUGCCCCCACAUGGGUCUGUUAGUGUUACAAUAAAUAGUAAACUACUAACUUGGCAAAAACCAUGAGUAUGGCAAAUCUUCACCUCAGGGGUUUUUCUGUAGAGCUGUAUGGUGCAUGCAGACUGAAUUUUAUUUUGGUGCCAAUAUUGUGUAAAUCAUGAAACAUUAAGAUGGAAAUGGAAGAAAUCUGAAAUUCAGUAGUUACCUUGUCUGAAAGUAGUAGCCCAACAUGUGUAAAAUGUAUAAAUGCUAUUACUGAGGAACUGUUGAGUUCAUUUCCUUCACUUCAGUCACCUCACUUUGUUUCAAGUUGAAUCGCCUUGUAAAUUAAAGUUUAUUUUACAGCUUUAUUUAAAUAAAAAUGCUGGUGCUCA